AAAAUACGAAAUCGAAAAUAAAAAUAAAUUAUCAUAUAUAUUCAAGUGCUCAAUCAAAACACAUCCUUUCACAUGAAACUUUUCAAAAAUAUAAAAUUAAAAAUAAAAAUAAGUUAUCAUGUGUUCAGACGCUAAAUCGAAACAGAAGCUUUUGAAUAUACUCAAAACUUUCCAAAAUACGAAACCAAAACUAGAAACAAGUUAUCAUGUGCUCAAAUGCCAAUCGAAACCACCUUGUCUCCUAGCUCACCAAAAAUGAGUACUUGAGACCCACUAAUCAACCGAGUUUCCAAGACUUCUGAACAACAAAUGUCACCGGAACUCAAACUCUUAUCGGCACAAGAAUGGGAAAACCUAAUCGACGAUUACAACCACGGCGGUUCACGGCGGCUCCGGUGGACAACCACCAAUUACGCCGCCGUACCCCUCCUCGAACUUUCUCUCUCCACUCUCCUCCGCAAAGAUCUCCCUCACAACCUCAAAAUCCACCUCUUAAUCUUCAUCGAAGAGCACUUAAACGGCAUCGUUACGCAGUCUUCCGUCAUCAUCCGUCUGAUCGAGGUACUCCGCUCGAUAAUUCAAUCGCCGAACGACGGCGUUUCAUCGUCGUUCGCGUUGAAGGAGCAGGUUAUGAUAACUGCGACUUCGAUUUUUGUUAAUUCUGUAUUUUGCGAUUCCAAUGUUGUUGUUUCUGCGGACUUUGUUAGUCCGCUUGAAAUGUUGAUAGAGCUUUUGUUGAGUGUUGUUAAUCGCCCGAAUCAUAGUGUUGAUAGGCAGGUUAGGGUAAUAGGAUGUGAAUGUUUACGUGAAUUGGAAAUUGCGUGUCCGUGUUUGUUAUCGGAGAUUGGAGUACAUUUAUGGAGUUUAUGUCAAAAUGAACGUACUCAUUCUUGUCAAAGUUAUGCAUUAUUAUUAGCUACUGUUGUGAAUAAUGUUGCGACGUUGAACUGUAAUGUUUCGUUUAGUAUUUCAGCAAUGUUGGUUCCGUUUAGUGUGCCGAGGUUUUUGGUUGAUGAGAGUGUGAAAGAUGGGUUUUUUUUAGGAGGGGAGUUGUCGGAUUUGAGUAAUCGGGAGUUGAGGAGAGUGGUUGCGUUUUUGCUUGAAUGUACGCAGAAUUUGACUCCGUGGGGGUUGUUGGAGUUUAUGGAUAAAGUGUUGCCGGUUGCUGGAGUUUUGGAUUUGCAGCCGUCUUUGUUGAAAGUUCAGUUUUCGGGUUUGCUUUAUACGUAUGAUCCUUUGUUAUGGCAUGCUUAUUUAGUAAUGUAUUUGAGUUAUAUGGAGUCUUUUGAAGGGCAAGAGAUGGAAAUUGCGAGUAGGUUGUUGUUGUUAUCGAAAGAGUCUCAGCAUCAUUUGUUUUUUCGGUUGUUGGUGUUGCAUUGGUUAGUUGGGUUUAUUGGGUUGGUAUUGAAGAGGGAUUUUGAGAAAAGGAAGAAUGUCGUUGAUAUGAGCUUGAGUUUUUAUCCAUCGGUGUUUGAUCCCCUUGCUUUAAAAUCGCUGAAGCUUGACUUGCUUUCCUAUUGUUCAGUUUUGAUUGAUGAUGUCAAUGGAGUAGGAAUGAGUUCAAAAGGCAGUCCGCAAAUAACUAGGGAAAAGUUAUUUGAAGACGGUCUUGUUUGUGUAUCAGCUUUUAAAUGGUUGCCUUCUUGGAGUAUGGAAACUUCUGUGGCAUUCCGUGCAAUCCAUAAGUUUUUGAUUGGUCAGACAUCUCACAAAGAAAAUGAUUCUAUCUCCAAUAAAAUCCAUUUGGAGCCAGCAAUCUACCCCACUGUGCAGCGAACACUAAUAGAUUCUUUGUCUGAACAUCGAGGAUUGGUCCCUGUCAUUGUUGGCUUCACAGACCGCUUGUUGACAUGUUCCAAACAUCGAUUUUUGGGGGAACGCCUACUUAAGACAUUUGAUGAUAACUUGCUUCCAAAACUCAAGAUAGACUACAAAUUGGUAUCUUACUUCUCUAUAUUGGAAAGGAUUGCUGAGAGUGAUAAAGUUUCACCUAGUGGGUUAAUUGAGCUCCUUACCAGGUUCAUGUUAGUUCUUGUUGAAAAACAUGGUCCAGAUACAGGAUUAAGGUCUUGGAGUCACGGCAGUAAAGUUCUUGGAAUUUGUCGAACUAUGAUCAUGCAUCAGUAUAGUUCCAAAUUAUUUGUUGGGUUGUCUCGUCUUUUAUCAUUCACUUGUCUUUAUUUCCCAGAUCUGGAGAUCCGGGAUAAUGCCAGAAUUUAUCUGCGGAUGCUGAUUUGUGUUCCUGGAAAAAAGCUAAGAGACAUUCUAAAUAGUGGAGACCAGCUUCCUGGAAUUUCUCCAUCUACCCAUUCCAGCUCUUUCUUCAGUAUUCAGUCUCCACGAAUUUCUCACGAUCCUAAGAAAUCCAAGAGUAUAUCAUCCUGCAUGCAUCUUGAGCGCAUGGUACCAUUGUUGGUUAAACAAUCUUGGUCUUUGUCCCUGCCAGCUUUGGGACUUGAUGCCAAGAAACCUAGUUAUAUAGAACCCAUCAAGGACAAUAUGUCCCCAAGUGAGCAAAGUGAGUUUGACAAAAUUACUGAUGAUACAGUGAUCUCUGAAGUCAAUAGGCACGAUCAGCCUCCAGAGCCAUUACGUGUGAUGGAUUCAAAGAUUUCGCAGAUUGUUGAGAUCUUGCGGAAGCAUUUUUCAUUAAUUCCUGACUUUAGACACAUGCCGGGUCUUAAGAUCAAAAUACCCUGUGCUUUAAGGUUUGAGUCAGAGCCCUUUAGUCGCAUUUGGGGAAUAAAUAUGCCAGCGAAUGGAGUCGAUACUCUUCCUGCCUUAUAUGCAACUGUUCUCAAGUUAUCUUCUUCUGCGCCAUAUGGCUCCAUUCCAUCAUGCCACAUUCCUUUUCUUCUAGGUCAACCCCCCAAAGGUUUCUACUCUUUUAGCCAGACGAAUUCCCUUGAUAUUAUCCCUGUGGAGGAUGUUUCUGAAACUCCUGGAGAUGACAAACGCUUCAAAGCUCCUGUGGUGAUUGAAUUGGAACCACGGGAUCCAAUACCUGGUUUUGUUGAUGUUUCCAUUGAAACAAAUGCGGACAAUGGUCAGCUCAUUAGAGGACAGCUGCAUAACAUUACUGUAGGAAUUGAAGAUAUGUUUCUCAGAGCUAUUGUUCCAGAAGACAUCCCUGUAGACACAGUACGUGGUUACUAUGUUGAUCUGUUCAAUGCUUUGUGGGAAGCAUGUGGUGCUUCAACCAGCACAGGGCGGGAAACAUUUGUACUCAAAGGAGGCAAAGGGGUUACAGCAAUCAGUGGUACUCGCUCCGUGAAGUUACUGGAGGUUCCUGUGGCAUCUUUGAUCCAAGCCGUAGAGCGAUCCUUGGCUCCUUUUGUUGUAUGUGUAACCGGUUAUCCUCUAACCAAACUCGUUAAGGAGGGAGGAGUUAUAAGGGACAUUGCCUUGGAUGAAAUGAACUCGAGUUCCUCCUCCACUGAUGAUGAAGGAGUUAUAGUUGGGGGGCCCCUUUACCUCAAGUACAACGAUGAUGAAGAUGAGGGAGGAGGGAAUUAUGUACAAAUUAGUAAGAAAAACUUGGGCACCAUUCAGAUUUUGAUAUUCCUUCCACCAAGAUUUCAUCUCCUUUUUCAGAUGGAAGUUUCCGAUACUUCAACGCUCGUCCGAAUUCGAACAGAUCACUGGCCAUGCCUUGCUUAUGUUGAUGACUAUUUGGAAGCUUUGUUUUGCUAAAGAGAAUUGUUUUUGUUCUCAUGUAGCUUUUUACUCUCCUUAUUUAAUUGAGAGUCAUUCUUUUUUCCCAUAGUUCACUUAGUGAGCUUGUGAUAUUAUUCAAUAAUAGGUCUGUUGUAAAUUUGCUUUUCUUUUCAAGACUGCAAAGAUUGUAAACACUUUGUAUACUGUUUUUGAUGAGAGCUGGACUGAUGCAACUUUUUGAAACAGAAAUAAAUCACUCUUACAACAA